GCGUAUGCGAUCACGUCGAGUAGUCACGCCUAAUCAUGCCUAUGGUGUACGUGUAUGUGUCAAUGAUCUAACUCUCAUGGGCUCGAUAGACGUCAGAGUAAUCAGUGAAGCCAGCAGUGAUAAUUCGUGGCUUAUUGGUAAUCAGAUAUUUUUGGUGCAAUGAUCGACAUGUCAUUGUCCAGUUGGUAAACAAUCCGAUCGCUGGUGGUCGAUCACAGGAAUCGUUCAUCAGCAAUGGCCACAGGUGGUAGUAGUUUUAUCAGUAAACCAGCCAGAGGAUGGUUACAUCCAGAUCACCUAGUAAGUAAGGAAGGAAUUAACUAUACAGUGAGGUAUAUUGGAUGUCUUGAAGUAUAUACAUCUAUGAAAAGCUUAGAUUUUGAAACACGUUCAUGCGUUGCCAAGGAAUGUAUAAAUAGAGUCUGUGAAGCUGCCGGAUUGAAAUCUGCUGACAAAAAAAGAAGAGUUGACAGGAAAGUGUUGAGAGCUAUAGCAGAUAAGCCUUGCUUGGAACAUAGUGCUGUCACUGUUAAUUUGAGUAUUAGCAGUUGCAGUUUAUCCUUGACUAAUAUCGAAACUGGGCACAUUAUUGCUAAGCAUGACAUGCCACGUAUAUCUUUUGCCUCUGGUGGGGAUACGGAAAUACUGGAUUUUGUUGCAUACGUUGCUAAAAACAUGCAAGAAUGGCGUGCAUGUUAUGUCCUUGAAUGUACAGGUGGUUUAGCACAGGAUGUUAUAUCUACUAUUGGUCAAGCAUUCGAACUUAGAUUUAAAGAGUUUCUUACAAAACCAAGUUCUCUGCAUCCGGUGCUAAAUGGUGUCAGAGAAGCAGAUCGAGAUUAUUACAACGAUUUACCAGGAAAAGUACCGCCAGAUAUUGGACCACCACCAGUACCUCCUUUGCCUACUACAGCGUCCACACUGCCUAAUCUGAAGCACCAUCAAAAUCACGCGUCGCGCAUUCACGCACAAAAUAUCGCAGUUGAUUCAUUUUCAGCUACUGCAGAUAGGCAUCAGCAGUUGGCAGAAACUGGAAACCUAAUUGAUUUGAACUCAGAUAGCACUAUAUCGUCAUCAACGAAUUUAAAUAUGUCUGAACACAAUUACGUAAAUGACAGUGUUAUAGCUGCAAACAGAGACAAUCAUCGUGAUCCAGCAUCACUUUUUGAUGUUUUCGAUAUGCAACCGUUCAGUUCUGCAAUAUCAGAUAUGAACAAAUUAAGCCCUCGAUCACAAAAGGAGCAAUUGAAACAAGAGAUAUGGUUUCAUGGAAGUGUUAGUCGAUCUGAAGCAGAAUCCAUGCUUACUAGAGAUGGCGAUUUUUUGGUUCGAGAAUCAAAACAAGGUUCUCCUGGCCAGUAUGUUUUAACUGGAAUGAAUAAUAAUAUCCCAAAACAUUUAUUACUGAUUGAUCCUGAAGGUGUUGUUCGCACAAAAGAUCGUGUAUUUGAUAGCGUGAGUCAUCUAGUAAAUCAUCAUUGUGACAAUGUAUUGCCUAUCAUAUCGGCUGACAGUGUUUUAGUAUUGCGUUAUCCUAUCCCCAGGCAUACAAAUUAUUGAUUUUAAUAUUAACUAAGGACUAAACUUGGUAAAGAUUUUCCAUGUAAUUAUUUUCCACAUCUUUGGAUGCGAAAAUUUUUAGCAAGUUUUGGCCUUAUGUGAUAUUUUUAGAAUCAGUCACUUCACACAAAAUAUAUACAUUUAUAAAUAUAUAGAAAUAUAUAUAUUGUUUGUAGUAUCUUUUUAUUGUAUAAAUGAAUAGAUGAUUUAUGAAUAU